AUACUGUUUUAGAUUCUUCCUGAUUUGUUGAUUCUGCUGUUGUUGCUUCUUAUUUCUCACUUCAUGAACAGAUUUAUUAUAUCUUUGCUUGGCUUCUAGCACCCGGUCCUGCAAGACUUCUAUCUUCUCUUGUAAUUGGCGAGAGUGAUAAGUGGGAGCUUCGUUGCUAAGCUGACCAAAUGAAGCUCAUAAGGCUAGUGUAGCACAUACUAAUUCACUCUCUCAAUUCUUCCACUUUUGUUUUCGCACCAUGAUAAGUUACAAAGUGUUCAGAAUCGGUCGACAGGAUGUGAAGUAAAAUUCCAUCCGCCCGUUGCUGGCCAGACCAGAGGAAGAACACACAUCUUUGUAACCAAGUUCCUCGGACGGCGCCGAGAUUACGCGUGAAAAAACGGCUGUCAAACUCUGUUUUACUAAGAUUAGCGGUGUCGUUUCUGGCUUUAUAAGCGUUUCUCCAGACGCCCAAGUUUCCUGGCUCGUUCCUCCACAGCCUUGUGUAUGGCUAACGAUACGGUACCCGCGACAAAGAGUCGCAAAUUCCACCACAAAUCGAGAUAUGGGUGCGCCCCGUGCAAGAAGCGGAGGAUCAAGAUCUAUACGGCUGCGGCCUUCACAAAGCCGGGGUCACCGUCUCUUGCGAAAUUAUUCCGCGAAGACAUUCCAAGUCUAUCAGCUUCUUUCUCCUUCCUGGGGCAUGGCCUCCUGAGCGUCGCCUACAUUCAUCUUGCCAGCUUGUCGCAGCCAAAAACAUCAAAGAAGCUUCUCAUAGACAGCGCGUACCACUUUAACCAGGCCCUUCCGGGCUAUCUGGAAUCGAUUAAGAAUAUCACCGAGAAUAAUUCCUCUGCUCUCUUCGGCUUCGCCAUAUUUGUGGUGUUGGUUUCAUUUGCAAACUCGAGCGAAGAGGCCAGCGUCCUGCUUCAGAGAGCAGAGGACCAACCGUAUAAAUGUGAAGAAACGAUUCGGGGCCUCUCGGUUGCGGCGGCACGAGUCGCGCGCAGCAUUCAAAAUAUCUUCGGCAUUUUCUGGAGAUGCCAGCAGUGGAUUUCGUCUGGUCCAUUAUCUCCCGCCAUCCGACGAUACAUCCCACCAACGCUCAGCGAGAACCUCAUGGAAUGGAUCCGUGUGGAAGACGAGCACCUGGCGAGAUUGGGUCGUUUAUGGGGAGAAGCCCCCACGGUACCCUUGGAGCAGGCGUGUACCCUAUCUGCCUCACUAUCUUGUCUUCGAGAUACGUUCGCGAUGGUCACUCAGUUGAUCGUCUUGCCACCGAAGAAUAAUGAAGAGAGCAACAUUGAAACAAGUAGUUACGAUCUGAGAAGAAUGCAUAGAAAGCUGUCCGCUGGGCGUCUCGACGAUAUCCCGAGUGUGUUCACGUGGUAUAUUCGGUUGUCGCCCGAGUUCGUCAGUUUGAUGGAACAGGGGAACGCGUAUGCGAUGGUCGUACUCGCGCACUACGCAAUCGUACUCGACAGAGCUUGUUCAGACAGAUGGUGGACCCAUCGACUAUCUCAGCGUUUUGUGGCAGUAGCCGAGUUAAUCCUAGGUCCGGGCUAUCUUGAGUAA